AUGAACAAUAGAUAAAAUAUUCCAGGUUAUAGUAAUCCUUAUGAAUAAUACAAUAGCGGCAAUAGUUAUAAGUAGAAUCCCUACUAAUAGUAGCUUUAACAAUAGCAAGGUUAUAUGCAACAUUAAUAAUAAUUUAACUAGAAAAUGUCAAAUAGCUAUCAGCUUCCUAUAAGUAGAUAGACUUAGAAUACUAAUGCUACAGCAUAAUCAACAAUUCAAAAUUAAUAAUAUAGAUAGUAGUAAAUGCCACAAUAAUAAUAUCAAUUUUAGCAAAUUUAAAGCUCUUAUGGUAAUAGAUUGACUUAUGAAAAUUAUGAAAAGCCGAUACAAAAUUAAAAAGUGAGUGAAUAAUAAUAAAUGCAAACUUUAAAAAAAGUUGCAAAUUUCUAACAUUCAUCAAGGUCAAAUUCUUAAGAAUCCAGAAAAAGCAGUGAUGAUGAAGACAAGCAAAGAGAUUCUGAUAGCGAAGCAGAAAUUAAAAAUUAAAGUGAAAGUGAUUCAGAAGAUAAUUCUUCAAAAUCUAGCAGAACUUCUAGGACUUCAAGCGAAGAAAGAAGUAAAAGUAGCUCCAGGGAAAACUCAGAAGAUGAAGAAGAAGAUGAUGAUGGCAAUAAUAAUAAAAAUUUAAGUAAUUCCUAAUCAAAUUCACCAAGAAAAUCAGCAGCUAGCAAUCAGUCAGAUUAAGAGAGUGAAGAAGAAAACAAAUCUCCAUCACCUGUUAAAAAAAAUAAAAAAAAAAAUAAAAAUAGAAACAAAUAAAAUGAUAAAAAAAAUUAGAAACAAUAAGCAGAAGAAGAUACAGAUGAUAAAGUAAAUUAAUCAAUUGCUGGAGAAUAUUUGAGCAAAUCAGGAUUUAUAUUCAAAUCAGAAGAAUAAAUUUGUAAGGUGAGAGAAGAAAUUAAGUAAGUCAACAGCGAACUUAAAUAAAUAAAUGAAGAACUGAAUAAAUUUUUCCCUUUUCUCAGCAAUUCAUAAAUACGAUAUGAAAAAAAAUAAGAAAAUAAUACAAUAAACAAAGAUAAAUAGCAUGGUUAUUUAAAGAAUAAUAUUGAAAAUAUAAUCAAUAAUCACAGAUAGCAGCAGCAAUUUAUUUCCAAUACAGGAGUCUAUCCUCAACAAUUUAUAAACACUUAGGAGUUAAUUUAUUCUCAAAAUUUUCUCAAUAAUUCAUAAAAUAUGCUAAGCUAGUCUUAAAAUUAGUUAUAUUCUUCAUAAAAUGUUAUGCCAUUUCAGCUUCCAUAAACUUAAGAAUUAAAUGCUAUUGAUCAAAACAGCUAGGAUACAGCAAAUUAAAAUAAUGAUUUAGAAGAAAGAUAGUAAUAUUAAAUACCAUAAAGAGAUAACAGUAUGAGUGUAAGAUAAACAAAGAAUACUAUUGAUAUGCAAAAUGAGACAAAAUUAAACACUUAAAAUUAAAUUAAUUUUAAUUAAUUGAAAUCUGAAAGUAAUACUCAUACUUCUUUAAGUAAAAUGAAUAAUGAUGUUGAUUAAUCUUUUAAUAAGAGUAAAGAACACGUUUCUGAUAAAUUGAUUAGCCGCAGGUCGAUUCCUAGUAAAUUAACAAACGAAAAACUUCCUCAAAUAGUAUAAAGCAACCAAACAAUAAUCUCAAAAAACAAGUUAUAAACAAAAGACCAACUAGGCUCUGAUAGUUUAAGUUCACAGAGUAAUAUGAGAAAUUAACAAAGUUCGGAAUAGAUUCAAAGUAUGCAGUAAUCAACAAAAAAGAAUAGUCAGUCAAACGAUUAGAAUGAAUAAUACAAUUUCAGUUUUAAAAAUAAUGAAGACAGGUUCUUAAGAAAAAAAUGA